AUGUUGCGAUUAUUAAGAAGCCCAGUUUCAUCCAAACAACUUAGUGGGUCGUUUGUCAAGCGUGCCUUUAUACAGAAUGCUAAGGUUCAAUUCAGAUCUUACUCAAACACUCCUCCUCCACCUCCUCCUAAUGCCAAAGGUGGGAAUGGUAAAAUUUUAUUAGCUGUCGGUGCUUUGGCUAUUGGUUCUACCUUCCUUUCUAUGAAUUACAAUAAAGAAUCCCCAAAAUCUGCCAUUGAUACCCCAAUCUCGGGUCCAACAUUCUCUAAGGGAAAGAUUUCUGUGAUUUUUGUUCUUGGUGGUCCAGGUUCUGGUAAAGGUACUCAGUGUGCUAAAUUAGUUAAAGACCAUGGAUUUAUUCAUUUAUCGGCUGGUGAUUUAUUAAGAGCUGAACAACAUAGAAAGGGUUCUAAGCACGGUGAAUUGAUUGACAAGUGCAUCAGAGAAGGUACAAUUGUUCCACAAGAAGUGACACUUGCUUUGUUAGAACAAGCUAUUAAGGAAAAUUAUGCAAACGGUUCUACAAAGUACUUAAUUGACGGAUUCCCUAGAAAGAUGGAUCAAGCAUUAUCUUUUGAAGAAGAUAUUGCUGAAUCCUCUUUCACCUUAUUCUUCGAAUGUCCUGAACUGGUUAUGUUAGAAAGACUCUUGGAAAGAGGAAAGACCAGUGGAAGAACUGAUGACAAUAUCGAAAGUAUUAAGAAGAGAUUUACUACAUUCCUUCAAACAUCCAUGCCUGUGGUCGACCACUUCGAGAAACAAGGUAAAGUUGUUAAAUUAAAUUGUAACCAGCCUGUGGAUGAGGUCUACAACCAAGUUAAGGACGCUUUAAAGUCGAGAAAUGUCUAA